AUGCUCACAUACAUUCUGGCCUUGUGCCUCAACCUCUGUCUAGCACUGGCCGCUAGCAGAACCUCUGCCCCCAGUGGUGCCCUGGUGGUCAGCAAAGCCCCUUCCAAGGGCCAAUACUCCAAGAUCCAGGACGCAGUCAACGCCCUGUCCACUUCGUCCACCACCGCCCAAUCCAUCUUCAUCGAAGCCGGCACGUACUCUGAACAAGUUUACAUUGCACCCAGAAAGGCUGCGCUUACCGUAUAUGGCUACUCGACAAACACAGACGACUACAACCAAAACGUUGUCACCAUCACUCAGAAGCUGUCACUGAAUUCGGUGGCCACUGAUGACUUGACCGCUACAUUGAGAGCAUGGUCCACAAACUUCAAACUCUACAAUGUCAAUCUUGCCAACACCUAUGGCAAUGGCGGACAAGCUCUUGCUCUCAGUGCUUCAGCCAGUAACCAAGGCUACUACGCCUGCAAAUUCCUCGGUUUCCAAGACACAAUCCUCGCUCAAACCGGUACCCAGCUCUUUGCAAAAUCCUACAUCGAGGGCGCUACAGACUUCAUCUUUGGCCAACACGGUCUAGCCUGGUUCACUCAUUGCGAUAUUCGCGUGUUGGCGGCGAACCUCGGCUUCAUCGUCGCUUCUGGCCGUGCUUCCAAUGAAGCUGGCUACUACGUCUUGGAUCAUUGCUCCAUCGCUGCAAAGAGUGGAGCUACUGUGCCAAAGGGUGCUUACUACCUAGGCAGACCUUGGGGUGAUUAUGCGAGGGUUGCUGUGCAGAGCACCACCAUGACCAAUGUUAUCAAUGCGGAUGGCUGGCACAUCUGGAACACUGGAGAUGAGAAUACCGAUCAUGUUACUUUCGGCGAGUACGGCAACACUGGAGAUGGCGCUGCGGGCACUAGAAAGUUUGAGACAAAGUUGAGCAAGGCUAUUGCUAUCACUGAUGUUUUAGGAAGUGGAUAUGCUAGUGCUGCUUAUAUUGAUAAAGCAUACCUUUGA